GACAUUUUUGCAGAAAUCUGGUGUUUGUUCAUUCAGGAUGGAGCGAUCCCGUGUCUUUGUAGUCUCUGUCAUCUUGUUUUCUCUCUUGCAGACGGCUAGUUCAGAAAAACGCGAAGUGAUAGAGGCGUUGGUUGUGUUCAUGGGAAAACUCUCACCUGGGAACGUGUCGAUAGACCCCGGGUUUGGUUGGAAUCCGGAUUCCGAUCCCUGCACAGACAAAUGGAAGGGCGUGUCCUGUGAUGGGCAGUUACAGUUUGUAAGGAAGAUAGUUCUUGAACAGUUAAAUCUAACUGGAGUUCUUGAUGCAACUUCUCUGUGCCAGACCAAAUCUCUUCUUGUCCUGAGUUUGAAUGACAACAGUGUUGGUGGAGAGAUACCGGAGGAGAUAUCAAACUGCCGGUACCUCACACACUUGUAUCUAAGUGGGAAUCGCUUCUCAAGCAGUGUUCCUAUCAAUGUCUCCCAGUUGAGUAAUCUUAAGAGGAUUGAUAUAUCGAACAAUGCCUUAUCCGGAGAGCUGCCUGACAUUUCCAGAAUCUCAGGCUUGAUAUCGUUCCUCGCUCAGAACAAUCAGCUCAGCGGCCAUCUGCCAAGAUUUGACUUCUCCAACCUACUACAGUUCAAUGUUUCCAACAACAACUUCAGUGGCCCGAUUCCUAAUGUCAAUGGCCAUUUUAAUGCAAGCAGCUUUGAGGGGAAUCCUGCAUUAUGCGGACCGCCAUUGCCAAAUCCAUGUCCGGCUCCUCCACCAGCGGGAAAGAUAUCAAAAGGGCCCUCAAAGAAUCGUUUCCUAAUCUACUCCGGCUAUGGUGUUCUUGCUCUCGCUCUUCUGCUCGUAAUUGCUAUCAAAUUGCUCAGGAAGAAAGCACGUAAAGACAACAAAAGUGAAGCUGUAAAGAAGGGAGAAGAAGUGGAUGGUAGCAGCAGCAAGACUAGUGGCAGUACUUCAAGUGAGUUCAGAAAUGGAGGGAACAGGUCAGAGUAUUCAAUAACAUCCGUCGAAAGUGGAAAGGCUUCAUCUUCUCUCGUAGUCUUUUCCAGUCCUGUGGUGAAUGGUCUGAAAUUCGAGGACUUGCUUCAAGCUCCUGCUGAACUGAUCGGCAGAGGCAAGCAUGGCAGCGUCUACAAGGUUGUGCUCUCCAGUGGGGUGAGCCUAGCCGUGAAAAGGAUCAGGGACUGGGAGAUCAGUCAGGAAGAUCUCACGAGGAGGUUGCAGAGGAUUGACGGAGCAAAACACCCAAAUGUGUUGCCCGCCCUGGCAUACUAUUGCUCCAGGCAAGAGAAACUUUUAGUCUAUGAAUUCCUGCAGAAUGGCAGCCUCUUCAGCCUUCUUUAUGGGUCUCAAGAUGGAAGACCGUUCGAAUGGGGAAGCCGGCUAAGCAUAGCCACGAGAACUGCAGAGGCGCUGGCUUUCAUGCACGACGAGCUUCAGGAAGACGGAAUUGCUCAUGGAAACCUCAAGUCCACCAACAUACUGUUCAACAAAGACAUGGAUCCGUGCAUCAGCGAAUAUGGCUUAAUGGUGGUUGAGAAUUAUCAAGAGCAGUCAUUCAUUUCCCAAGCCAGCAGUUCUGGGACGAGUGAUUCACCCGAUAGCAGCAGCCACUGUAGAAGCUUCAAGCUGGACGUUUACGCUUUCGGGGUGGUGCUUCUGGAGCUGCUGACGGGGAAGGUUGUCCAGAACAAUGGGUCUGAUUUGGCCAAAUGGGUGCAUUCUGUGGUUAGAGAAGAAUGGACGGUUGAAGUGUUCGACCGAGGCCUCAUCGCGGAAGGCGCCAGUGAAGAGAGGAUGGUAAGCUUGCUGCAGGUGGCGUUGAAAUGCAUCAAUCCAGCUCCAGAUGCCAGGCCAGGCAUGAACCAAGUAGCUGCAGUUCUCAACUCUAUCAGAGAGGAAGAAGAGAGAUCCAUAGCCUCUGACCCAUAAAAACAACACAUGCAUGAUGAUUCAAAUUUGGGGUUCUUGGAAUUCGUUCAAUAUGCUAAUCUGUAACAGAUUCGACAUCACUUGUUUCUUUCGAAGAAAUU